AUGGAGUACCCCUCUCUGUUAGAUCCAGAAAGACCUUAUUGGAGGAAAUCAAAGAGACCAUCCAUGGCUUCAAAAACCCAAAACUCUCUCUCACUGGUCUCUCUGGCCAUUGUCACCCUUGUCUUUGCCACCAAUGCCCACCAGCAACCAGACUCCGUUAACCCGUUCUGUAACACCGCGACCGAUAAGGCUUUCUGCACGGCAUUGGUACAUGAAGCAAAGACUUGGAACGAAGCCACCAUGAAUGCAAUAACUGGAACCCUUGAACGAGCCACCCGGGUAAAGAAAAUUGUCGAUGGCCUCAACUCAGCAUUGCCUUCAGUCAAGAAGGACUCGAAGGAAUUAAUUCUGAGUACAUGUAGUGAGAGUUACCAGUACAUGCUGGACAAUCUUCAUGGUGCUUUGGAGGACCUCAAGAGUGGGGAUAAGGUUAGUUUGAAUGAGAAACUGUCGUCGGCGAGUUUCUCCGAUUGUACCAAUGGACUCAAGCAGUUUCACAUUGCUUCGCCUCUAGCCAGCUUCAACGAUGAAUUGCUUAAGUUCAUUGAUAACUGUUUGGCUGUGUCCAGGCAAGUCUGA